UCUUAUGCAGGGAGCAACAGGCAUUGAUCUCGCCUGAGAUUUUCAUCUGCACCCCAUGGCAAUCGUAAGACAACUUCGAAGGAAUGUCUGACUGACAAGGUUGUUGGCUCCCAAUCCAUGUCAACUGGGUUGGGAAUCUGUUUCCGCCUUCUGCGCGAUAGGACUAUGAUUGUUUCUAUGCCUCCGUUUUCGAAACCGAAAACCCUGCUUUGAAGUCUCUUCCGCUUGCUGUGCAGCAGAAGCAAAUCGUUGUGACCUGUAACUAUGAGGCUCGACGACGUGGCUUGCGGAAGCUGCAGCUCAUAAAAGACGCAAAGAGAACUUGCCCUGACGUGGUCAUCGUGCUUGGCGAGGAUCUUACCAAGUUUCGCGACGCGUCAAAGGAGCUGCACUCCUUCUUGAAGAAAUACAUAUGGGGAGACCGCGUGGAGAAAUUGGGGUUUGAUGAGGUAUUUCUUGAUGUGACAUCAAUGAUAGAUCAUAAUGCCCAAUUUUUGAAUCGAAACGACCUUCGCAAUUCCUUCUUUCAGCUCGACAAAAACGAUCCCACGGUGGGCUUCAGUUUCGAUGCUGGUGCUUUUUGCGGUCCUACCUGGCCCCCCAACGCGUGUUCCACCAGGGGAGAGGAAACGGACCCGGAGAUGUUUUCCUCACUUGGAAUGAGGUUGAUACUUGGUUCCCAUCUAGCCAACUAUCUUCGAUUCCAGCUGGAGGAGCAUACAGGCUACACUGCCACAGUCGGCAUCUCCACAUCAAAGCUACUAGCCAAGCUGGUUGGAAAUGCAAACAAACCAAAGAAUCAAACAACGCUUAUACCUCCCUAUUCAGCGGGGGCUGAUGGCCAAGAAGGAAAUAUCGAUAGGUUUCUUUGCCAACAUGAGGUUGGCGAGAUUCCUGGCAUCGGAUUCAAGAUGGCUAAUCGAAUCAGAGCCCAUAUACUUGGCCGACAGCCUAGUACUGAACUUUAUCAAAGUUUAACUGAUACGGAUCGGGUUACAGUUGGCGCUGUCCGCUCAUUUCCCAACAUGGGACCGUUAAAGUUGGAUAAGAUCCUGCGUGGUGGUGGCUGGCCGAACUUGCUGGGCACCAAGGUUUGGUGCCUACUUAACGGCAUCGAUCCCACGGACGUGGCGGCUGGGAAGGUUAUCCCGUCUCAGAUUAGCAUUGAAGAUUCAUACAGACAAGUGGACAGCAUACAAGCUGUGCGAAAGGAAUUACGUACACUGGCCUGUAGUCUCCUUCGUCGUAUGCAUGCUGAUCUGACUCAAGAUGCCGAAGACGAGGAAGAUAUCAUGGACGGUACUGCUGACGAAGAUGGCAGGCAGGCCCUAGCCAAAGGGAAAAAAAGAUGGCUAGCUUUCCCGAAAACACUACGCAUCUCAACACGCUCACGUCUCCCGCCACUGCAGGAUGGAAGCCAUCCGUUCAACAGCAGGAGAAUAUCUAGGUCAUGUCCGAUACCCCAAUUUGUCUUCUCCUUUCACGAGAGUAUUGAAGCACUGGCAGAACGUCUUAUUGAAGAGACUCUCAUCCCCCUGUUUCGGCGACUACAUCCGGACAAAUCCGCGUACAAACUCAGCCUUAUCAAUAUUGCUGCCACAAACAUGAUUGAAUGUGCUGGUUCGGAAAAGAGUAGUAUGGGCCAAGACAUUGGCAAGAUGUUUCAAAAUCGCACACGCGUUCCGGCACAUUCUCUUUCCUUAAACCCGACCAGUAAGAACGCAGAAUAUAUUGAUGACGGCCUAGAUACCAUUGACAUGGGCGAUAGUACUGACUCAGUCAACCCACGCAACGACAUUCAUGAUGGUAAAGAACAACACAGCUCCAAAACGAGCACGACUAAGGAGAUCAUGGAUAAUUGGGACGAGGAAGAAGUUCACGGCUGGGCAAGCGAUGACGAGAUUUCCGCGGACAAAGACUCAGCCGCUCCUUGUCACGAGUGCCAACUAUGCGGUUCUCUCAUACCCUCGUUUGCGGCCCAAGCGCACGCUACAUACCACUCAAUGCGGAGUACAGAAGUUGGCUGCGGCCGACAACCCUAAGAUUGUUCGAUUCGAUCGGUACAUCUUUGAUAUAAACGGGGAUGUGGAAUCGAAGUUCUCGGCUAGGUUGAAAGGCAUUGGGUGUCAUUUGCUCAAUCAUAUUUUGAGAGGGAAAGCUUUUCGUGUUCAAAUUACUCCGUAUUGUGCUCCGUACCAGUGAUUCUCAACGACUUUGGG